AGCUUGCUGCCUCAUCAGCUGCCCUUGAGCUCAUUCGUCCAAAUCAGAGAGCAGUCGGCCAAGGCGCUCCAGCAAAAUGUUGUUCCUGCGCCGGCCACAUCGUCCGAGCUUGUGCUGCUCAUUCCGCAAUUCCAGGAGGAUGGGUCAGUUGAAAAGCUCGAGGUCACCGUUAGCCUGAAGCUGACGUCCAAGACCGUUGACCUGCAGGGAACCAACGAGUUUACCGCGAUCACCACGCUCCCUGAUGGCUCGCAGCACGAAGUCUCAUCUUUCUGUCACUUGGGAUGUCGACGAGCCCUUCGUUGAGGUAGUUAAGCGCGACAGCGAGACAACCAACAUCACGCUCCAGUACCUUGAUCCACUGCCUCUUGGAUUCCGCGUCCAGUAUCUCGGUACCAAGUUUGACAUUGACAUCCUGAGCCCGCGCCAACGCGAGCUGAUGAAGUUUAUGAAGGAGAAGGAAAAGCUCGAUACCUCGAAGCUGGUCCUUUCGCCGAUGCCUGGUACCAUUGUGUCUGUUGCUGUCAGUGCAGGUGACGUCGUGGCCGAGGGUGCCGAGGUCGCCGUGGUCGAGGCGAUGAAGAUGCAAAAUGUAUUGCGUGCCCCGCGUGCUGGCACGAUCAAGGCAGUGCAUGUCAAGCCCGGAUCGACAGUCAGCGGUGAAGAUAUUCUCAUCGAACUCGAGGAUGAGAAAUAGCUGUUCUUUGGAUGUUGGUGAUAUUAUCAAAGCAAUACAAAAAUCCAAUGUUUUCCCUCUGUUC